UCAUACCCGCGUCUCUCUAUACCUACUCGACACGUCUUUGUGUUGACGACAGCACCAUCACUUUCUCGUUCUCAAAUUCAUUUCCAAGAACACAUCCAAGAUGCCUAAGGCCGAUGCUGGUAAGCGCGGAAAGGCCGUGAAGAAGCGAGGCAAGAAGGACCCCAACGCCCCCAAGCGUGGUCUCUCUGCCUACAUGUUCUUCGCCAACGAGCAGCGUGAGAACGUUCGCGAGGAGAACCCCGGCAUCUCUUUCGGCCAGGUCGGCAAGCUCCUCGGUGAGCGAUGGAAGGCCCUGAACGAGAAGCAGCGUGCCCCCUAUGAGGCCAAGGCUGCUGCCGACAAGAAGCGAUACGAGGAUGAGAAGCAGGCUUACAACGCCGACCAGGAAGAGGAGGAGUCCUCUUAGGCAGAGGCACCACGCUGAGAGGUACCAAGCGCUGAUGAACGUGAUGUGACUGGGAACAGUCGCCGCAUUCAGUCGCAUCGGAGAUGCUCGCACUUGAGGUCCUCUCUUUCCUUGUAUUUUGGUCUCGGCGGUGUUGUAUGAUGGCACAGGACGGGUGCUUUGCUUUUUCAUUUUUGUUACCGGAAACUCAAAGGGAUAUGGUCGUUCGACGCGUUAUUAAGGUCUAGAGGGCGGCUGGUCGAGCUGCAUGCUCCCACUCGAACGCCCAUGAUCAUGAGCAUCUGAUAAUGAGCUCGGGUCAUCAAUGAGGAAUAAGAUGCUUGUACAAAGCAUGGGAGCUUCGGCAACACGAAAUAUUUGAUGUGCAAAAUGCAUGACAGCCAACGCCAUUCCG